CGGAGAGGGAGGGAGGGGAGAGCAGGGAGAGGACAGUGAGGAGAGAGAGAGAGAGAGGCAGCGUGUGAGGGCUGCUGAGGCUCACGAAUAAAGUCAAGCAACUAUCUGAAGCAGCAUGACUCUUCUAACACUUGGACUGUAUCUGCCACUGUGGUUUUCUUAUGGCCUCGCUCAGGCCUCUCUUCUGGACAGCGUCAUUUCAUUCAACCUGGCUCCCAGAACCCCGGAGCAGCAGAAGAGAUUCAGCCCGUGCUGUUUGCUGAGUCCGCCUCCACCCCCGCUGUUUCCUCCACCCCCUUCGCUUUGGCGCCGCCACGCUCAUAAUGAAGACAAUAAUUGUGGGAAGUCAGAGAAGUGCAAUAGGGACCAAGGUUCUGCCUGCGACCGAGGCCCCCGCGGGCCUGCUGGUCCCUCUGGUCCUCAGGGUCCACCUGGAUUACCUGGAAUAGAAGGGCCCAAGGGAGAAAAGGGAGAAAUUGGAAGACCUGGGCAAAAGGGUCGCACAGGUCCUGCUGGACUUCCUGGGAAACAGGGAGCAGGUGGAUGGCCCGGACCAAGUGGGCCCAAAGGUGAGAAAGGUGACCCGGGGCUGAUGGGUUUGCCUGGAGCCAGAGGACCAAUUGGGCCAAGGGGUUUACCCGGGUAUAAAGGGGAAAAGGGUUCUCGAGGUGAUCGCGGGGAAAGCGGAGUGAAAGGCGACAAGGGCGCGAUGGGUUUCCCAGGGAUGCUUGGACAGAAAGGGGAAAUGGGCCCAAAAGGGGAACCUGGGAUCUCAGGGAACAGAGGACCCACUGGCCGACCCGGGAAGAGAGGCAAGCAGGGAGGUAAAGGAGACACGGGUAGUGUUGGUCCCAUGGGACCUGCAGGCCCACAGGGAACACCAGGCCACCCCGGUCCUCCUGGUUCACCUGCCACAGGACUUUACAUGGUUGGAACAAAGGGUGGACGUGGUCCACCAGGGCCUCCUGGAAAGUGUAGCUGUGGCUCUCUCAGUAAUUCUCCAUUUGAUGACUACCCUUCCAGAGGGAACUAUCCCAAAGUACCAGCGAUCUUCGUUGUGAGCAACGAGGAGGAACUGCAGCGCCUGCACACAGAUAAUGCUCUCGCAUUCCGCAAAGACCAGAGGUCUCUCUACUUCAAAGACGUAGACGGCUGGCUGCCGAUCCAGACUUUUCCAUUCCAGUCGACGCCAUUCCAGUCCAUGGAAAACGCACCGGACGACGAGGGCUACUGUGGCGACGGGAUCGUGCAGAUUUCCACGGGCGAGGAGUGUGAUGACAGAAACAGAGUCGUCACCGACGGCUGCGUCAAGUGUAAACACGCCUACUGUGGAGACGGCUACCGCCAGGAGGGGAGUGAGGAGUGUGAUGGAAAGGACUUCGGAUACCAGACGUGUAAUUCAUACCUUCCAGGGUCAUACGGUCACCUGAAGUGCACACCCUACUGCGUUAUCGAAUCCACAAAUUGCAAGUACUUCACUUGAAGAGGAAGCUGGAUGGUCCAGCAGGAUCCCCUGUGUGUUAUUUGGAAUAUUUUCAUACAAAAAAAAAUAUAAAGAACAAUAAGACUCCAGGCAGGAGACUCUGAAGGUAGAAGCGGCAAAUGAUUGAGAAAAAACAACACAACAUAUAUAUAUAUACUACACAGAACUCCUCUGCAUUGCUGCUGGGGUUGCUAAGUAACUUCCCAGCCUUGUAGUCAGUCAACUGAGGGGAAAACCUUCACCCACACAUAGGAAAUGCACAGGACAACUGCACUGAGUCUUAACAAGCAGGACUAAAGAAGGGCCUCCUCACCAUGAAUCAGCCUCUGGAUCCAGCAGCAGUUGUGUGACAGCCAUGCAGAGACUUAAUUAAGUGCCAGUGGGAGAUGUUGCAGAGGAGCAGUAGCCGGGCCAGACGCGUAUUAAUCUUAACCCAGAUACUGUUGAGGAAGACAGGCAGAAGGACAUCCAGAGCCGUGGCCUCAGGUAUUCUAAUGCAGCAUCAAUGACAGCAUUUGCAUGAGACUGGGAUUACUGAGACAUGACAGCAGCUGUCACUAUCCAAGCAUGUGACCCCUCACCUUACUUUUUAUUGCCACAACGAGGCUCGCACUGCGUCGUCUCAAUAUCACAACAACAAUUUCAGUUAGUAAGUAAUAGUAAAAGCUCAAUGAGUGUGGUUAGGAAUGGAGAUUGAGGUGCAUGGAAUAUGCAUUUAGUAAUGUUUCAGAGAGGGUGUCACACUGGGAGACUAGGCCUUGUGGCGGUACUUUGCUUGACAGGGACAUUCAGUCUGGACAAGGUUUCAUAAAUCUCAAAAACUUCUCAGGAACCAACAGGUAAUGUAGCUCCACCCAGCACCUUCCACAAGCAGCCCCCACACAACUCUCUUUGUAGGUGACAUGGCAGUGACUGUACGCGGAGGCACACAGAUAACUCAAGUGUCCUCCCUGUGAUUCCGUGAGAAAUUAAAUAUACUGUAUAUGAAGGCUUGAAACUGUUAAUGUUCUUAAUUUUCUCACUGCACAGGAACGAAUAGUCUUGACUUGCUGAAGGAGAAAGGGAAUGCAAUUCCAUCCUGUUAGGUCACCAUUACUGUAUUUACUUUAAUACCUCUUUAUUCAGUCUUUCUGUCUUACGGUAUAUGAAACAACAGAGAAACUCAUCAGUGUAGAUGUAGUCCGUUACGUGUUUGGCACUAGUGGUGAAAAUGACUUUGACAUAAGAUAUAAGCUGAACUUUUCCAUAAGCUACUGUAUGAGUCGCUGUGCAAGGGAGACCAGUUCUCAGCCAUACUUAGAUGUAGUCAGGUGUUACAAAGUGAUUCUUCUGUAAAAAGAAAGAUAAAGACUGUUAACUAUUUUGUCUCCGCAUGCUUGUGAUUCAGUGCUAAUGGGCCUUUUGCUUUGUUUUGUGAACCACGGCAUCUUAAGAAAUAUCUGUGUCUUGCUCUGCUCAGAGUGUAGCUAAGUACUGUAUGACCCAGCUUAUGUGAUAGUAAAGAGCUGUGCCUUGCACAAAGCUGAAAUACCUUUUGGAAACUAUGGUAAAUGUUUUAUCUGUGGCCUGUGCUGCUGUGCUAAAUCCUGCACUGUGUAUGCACAACAAUGCUGAAACAUAACACGCAUGUGGAAACGUACUGUAAUAGCAUACACUGUGACGGGUAGUGCAAGUCGGUUUUGUUUCAUUGCUCGGAUAUGAUUUAUACUGUAGCUGUGGAUAAAAUAAAAACAGGAAUUUAAAUCCUUA